UCAUCGCGUGUUUUGAUUGUGACGGAAUCGUUUGCAAGUGUUUUUUCCUCGCAAUGAAUGUGUUUGAAUAAUUUUGCCAAUAAAAUAGUUUGAAAAUGGACAAAUUCUCCGACGUAUCCAAGCUGGAACCGAGCAGCAGCACCGUCGGCGGCCUCGUAAUCAAAAAGAAGGACAAGGACAGCGAUGUGUUCAAGAAACCGCGCGCCUCAAUUUUGGGUCUGGAUAAACUGGCCGCGGUCCAGCGGGCCCGCAAGCAGCAGGAAGCGGCCCGGCUCUCGUUUAAGGAUUCGGACGGCGACGACAUGGAGUACGGGGAAUCAUCAACGCCGCGCGUUGACCGCAGGAAGGAAUCGUUUGCGAGUUCUAGUUCAUCGUCUUCGAAUGCGUCGAAAAAGUACCGCGAAAGUGCGGUCGAAACGCCGUCCUACACGGGUGGAGUGAGUGAGGUGGCGCGGAAGCGUCUGGACGAACGGUCCCGGGAUGACCACGGGAAGGGUUUGUACGCGAGUUCAAAGUCGCAGAAGGAACGAGAUCGUCGGGAUGGGGACGAUCGGGACGACGACCGGAAGCGGCACAAGUAUUACUCAAAGAGUAGCCGCGGGGAAUCCUCCCAUAGGACGCCAGGACAUUACAAGGAUGAGCCGAGGACGCCGCGGAACGAUCGUCGGAUGGAUCCUUUCGGGUGGGAAGACGACGACGAUCGGCAGCCGUCGACAAGCACGCGCAAGUCUUCGUGGGAUUAUCCGACGCCGAAGAUUCCGAAGGGGUCGGAGUCGGUGCGGAGCAAUCGGUCGGCGGUGAGUUCGUUUUCGUCGUCGUCGUCGUCGCGACGGAAUAGGGAGGACGACACACCGCGACCAACGCCGGCUCACAAGUACAACAAAUGGGCACCGGAUCGGAAGGAGUCGGGCGCAACGCCGCGGACGGAUCGGCGCGGAAUGCCGUGGGAGAACGAGGAGGAUAAGGAUUUGUGGGAGAAGGAGCAGGUUCGGUUGGAUCGGGAGUGGUACAGUAUCGGGGAGGGCUACGACGAGGACAACAAUCCGUUUUCGGGGACCAGUUCGGAGUAUUUGCAGAAGCGCGAGGAACAGCUGGAGCAGCGCAGGAUUAAGCGGAUGUCCGCGCAGCAGCGACAAAUCAACAAGGACAACGAGCUGUGGGAGAAGAAUCGAAUGCUCACGUCCGGCGUGGUCAUGUCGAUUAAUUUCAACGAAGACUUUGACGAGGAGGCCGUUGAGCGUGUUCAUUUGUUGGUUCAUCACACGGUGCCACCGUUUUUGGACGGGAGAAUCGUGUUCACCAAGCAACCGGAACCGGUAAUUCCGGUAAAGGAUGCCACUUCAGAUAUGGCGAUGGUUGCGCGGAAAGGAAGUCUGCUGGUGAGGACGUACCGAGAGCAAAAGGAACGACGAAAGGCCCAGAAGAAGCACUGGGAGCUGGGAGGAACAAAGUUGGGCAACAUUAUGGGAGUGGAAAAGAAGAAAGACGACGAUGAUGCCAAGUAUGAUGCGGAUACGGACACUGCUGACUACCGGAAGGAUCAAAAGUUUGCCGAGCACAUGCAAGCGCAGGACGAGGGCGUGGAUUUCACGAAGAAGCGACCGAUUUACGAGCAACGCCGGUCACUGCCGGUGUUUGCCGUACGGCAGGAACUGUUGAACAUCAUCCGCGAAAACUCCGUGGUCAUCAUCGUGGGUGAAACCGGAAGUGGCAAGACGACACAACUCACGCAGUAUCUGCACGAGGAUGGUUAUAGUCGACUGGGAAUGAUCGGCUGCACCCAGCCCAGGCGAGUGGCCGCAAUGUCCGUGGCGAAACGUGUCUCGGACGAGAUGAACACCAAACUUGGUCAGGACGUGGGCUAUGCAAUCCGUUUCGAAGAUUGCACCUCGGAAAAUACCGUCAUUAAGUACAUGACGGAUGGUAUUUUGCUGCGCGAAAGUUUGCGAGACAGCGAUUUGGACGGAUAUUCCGCAGUCAUCAUGGACGAAGCUCACGAGCGGUCCCUGUCGACGGACGUGUUGUUUGGGCUGCUGCGCGAUAUCGUGGCCAGACGUCGAGAUUUGAAACUCAUCGUCACCUCCGCCACCAUGGACGCUUCCAAGUUUUCCACCUUCUUCGGAAAUGUCCCGACGUACACAAUUCCCGGACGAACCUAUCCGGUAGAUGUGAUGUUUAGCAAAAAUGUCUGCGAAGAUUACGUCGAUUCGUCCGUCAAACAAGCGCUCCAAAUCCACUUGCAAGGACUGGAAGGCGACAUGCUUAUCUUCAUGCCCGGUCAGGAAGAUAUCGAGGUUACGUGCGAAGUCCUUACGGAACGGCUGGCGGAAAUCGAAAACGCUCCGGAACUCUCAAUCCUCCCAAUCUACUCUCAACUGCCGUCCGAUCUGCAGGCCAAAAUUUUCCAAAGAUCAGCCGAAGGCCUACGCAAAUGCAUCGUGGCCACCAACAUCGCCGAAACUUCACUCACUGUCGACGGAAUCAUCUUCGUAAUCGAUUCCGGCUACUGCAAGCUCAAGGUAUACAACCCGCGCAUCGGUAUGGACGCCCUCCAGAUCUACCCCAUUUCGCAAGCCAACGCCAACCAGCGUUCCGGUCGUGCCGGCCGAACCGGUCCCGGACAAGCCUUCCGUCUCUACACCGAACGCCAGUACAAGGACGAACUGCUCGCGCUAACCGUGCCCGAAAUCCAGCGUACCAACCUGGCGAACACGGUGCUGCUGCUGAAAUCGCUCGGCGUGGCCGACUUGCUGCAGUUCCACUUUAUGGACCCGCCCCCGCAGGACAACAUCCUCAACUCGCUUUACCAGCUGUGGAUUUUGGGCGCGCUCGAUCACACCGGAGCGUUGACCUCGCUGGGACGGCAAAUGGCCGAGUUUCCGCUCGAUCCGCCCCAGUGCCAGAUGCUGAUCGUGGCCAACCAGAUGGGCUGCAGUGCGGAGAUUCUAAUCAUCGUGUCGAUGCUCUCCGUCCCGUCCAUCUUUUACCGCCCAAAGGGUCGCGAAGAAGAGGCCGACAACGUGCGCGAAAAGUUCCAGGUUCCCGAGUCGGACCACCUGACCUACCUGAACGUCUACCAGCAGUGGAAAAUGAACAAAUACUCGUCCAACUGGUGCAACGAACACUUUAUCCACAUCAAAGCGAUGCGCAAAGUGCGCGAAGUUCGCCAACAGCUCAAGGACAUUUACGUGCAGCAGCGGCUGAAGGUGCAAUCCUGCGGCACCAACUGGGACGUCGUCCGGAAGUGCAUCUGCUCGGCUUAUUUCUACCAGGCGGCCCGCCUCAAAGGUAUCGGCGAGUACGUCAACCUGCGAACCGGAAUGCCCUGCUAUCUGCAUCCCACCUCGGCGCUGUACGGCCUUGGAACCACGCCGGAUUACGUCGUCUACCACGAGCUGGUGAUGACCGCCAAGGAGUACAUGCAGUGCGCCACCGCCGUCGACGGGUUCUGGCUGGCCGAGCUCGGUCCCAUGUUCUUCUCGGUCAAGGAAACGGGGAAAAGCAGUCGCGAAAAGCGAAAGCAGGCCGCCGAACAUCUGCACCAGAUGGAGUCCCAGAUGCAAAAGGCCCAGGAGCAGAUGGAGCAACAAAAGCUGCAGGAGGUCGAACGGCAGCAGCAGCAAAUGGUCAAGCAGGAGAUCAUUACGCCUGGGGCGACGCCACGGAGGACGCCCUCCAGGAUUGGGCUGUGAGAGGUAAGAUAUUGUUGCUUGGGCUCAGCAUGAACUAGACGAUUGAUUGAAUAAUAAAUAAAUCGUUAAGCUACAAA